CGCUGUUGACCAAAGCGCAGUUAGACGCCAUCUUGAGGAGACAUCGAACGCAACGCUGGUUGGUGAUGAGUGACAACAAUUUUGGGCGCAUCAGGAUGAAAUUACCGAAUUCAAAGUGAAACAGGGGCACGUCGGCUGCAAGCUCUAAAUAUCAAGAGGGCACAAGAAGAGCUGUUGGACUAAUGUGCGACGUGCCGGCUUGUUUUGAAGACGCCCAGCGCGUUGUAGCCUGAUGGCCGGCUAGCUGCUCCGUGGACCCGCGGCCUGCCUGUUCGGGAGGAGGAAGGAAGGCAAAGGAAAGGGAAGGAAAGGAAAGGCAAGGGUGGUGACGCCGCAAAAUGCUUGACUACCCCUGACUUCCCACCGGACACUUCCCCAAGACAGAGACUCGCUUCGGGCUGAAGAACGAGCACAAUGCACUUAUAAUUUUUAUUUUUAAGAAAGCUCUUUUCAUAUUUUUUUCCCCCGGUGGUGUUCAGACCCUCCGAACGACAGUGAACGCCGUGGCGCGUGCCCUGAAUUCCCAGCUCGAAACAUGUCAUCCAACUGCACCAGCGUCGCGCCUGUCAGCGCCAGCAAAACCAAGACGAAAAAGAAGCAUUUUAUAGGACAGAAAGUCAAAUUGUUCCGUGCAAGCGAACCCAUCCUCAGCGUUUUAAUGUGGGGUGUGAAUCACACGAUUAACGAGUUAAGUAAUGUGCCUGUACCAGUAAUGCUGAUGCCAGAUGAUUUUAAAGCCUACAGUAAGAUCAAAGUGGACAACCACCUAUUCAACAAAGAAAACCUUCCUAGUCGCUUUAAGUUCAAAGAAUAUUGUCCCAUGGUGUUCCGAAACCUGAGGGAGAGGUUUUCCAUCGAUGACCAAGACUACCAGAACUCUCUCACACGGAGUGCUCCCCUCAAUAGCGACCCCCAAGGUCGCUUUGGUAAUCGCUUCCUUUCCAGCUACGACCAUCGAUUUGUAAUAAAAACUGUGUCCAGUGAGGAUAUCGCUGAGAUGCACAAUAUCUUAAAAAAAUACCACCAGUUUAUAGUGGAGUGUCACGGCAACACGCUGCUCCCCCAAUUUCUGGGUAUGUAUAGGCUUACAGUGGACGGGGUGGAGACGUACAUGGUAGUGACCCGGAAUGUAUUCAGCCAUCGCCUGACUGUCCAUCGCAAAUAUGACUUGAAGGGUUCUACAGUCGCAAGGGAAGCGAGUGACAAGGAAAAGGCGAAAGAGCUCCCUACUUUAAAAGAUAACGACUUCCUGAAUGAAGGCCACAAACUGGAAAUAGGAGACGACAACAAGAAGUACUUUUUAGAGAAGCUAAAACAUGAUGUUGAGUUUCUGGCCACUCUGAAGAUCAUGGAUUACAGUCUUCUGGUGGGGAUCCACGACGUGGAUCGAGCAGAGCAGGAGGAGAUGGAUGUGGAGGCUGGUGCAGAUGAGGAAGAGUAUGAGAAUGACGGGAUGGGCGGAGGCGUCCUGACAGGCUCCUUUGGCACACCGCCCGACAGCCCAGGCAACCCUCUUAAUUGUGGGUUCUUCGGGCCCGGGGAUUUUGACCCCUCUGUUGAUGUUUACGCAAUCAAGAGCCAUGACAGUGCUGUCAAGAAAGAGGUGUACUUCAUGGCGAUCAUUGACAUCCUUACACAUUAUGAUGCGAAGAAAAAAGCUGCACAUGCUGCCAAAACUGUGAAACACGGGGCAGGGGCUGAGAUCUCGACGGUGAACCCAGAGCAGUACUCCAAGCGCUUCUAUGAGUUCAUGUCCAAUAUCUUGUCGUAGACUCUUCUCCACUCUGCCUGCACCGCUCGUCGCAGAUCUGUCACACCUAAUUUCACGACUGUCUCUUUUGUCCUCAGCCUCUUCAAGGAGUCCAUGGUUAGGUCAAGUUAUGUUUUGAGGCUGUUACAGAACCCACCCAAACGCAAAUCAAAAACGCGCCACCUACCGAUUCAUUUUCGUUUAAAUGGGCUCUUGGCACGUAAUCUUCAACGUUGCUGAAAUAUGAGUUGAAAAUGCACACUAGCAUCAAUGGAUUCACUCUGCUAUGCACAAAUUAUUGUUUUUUAAACCCUUACUUGGCACUCAUUUAAUUCAUUGCUACGUCAGAGGUCGAAUCCAUUUUGACUGGGAGGGAGCGAAUGAACGUUGACCUGAAUGUAUUCCUGUUUUUAAUCAUUUUAAUUGAGUUAGCUUUUGUUAACAAUGCAUUAAUUUAUAAAUAUUACAUAUUUUUUAUAACUUAGUAUAAUGAUAUUAAUUAAAAAUAAUAAUAGGGCUGCAGCUAUCGAUUAUUGAAGUAAUCGAUUAAUCUAUUGAUUAGUUAGUUUGAAUAAUCGAGUAAUCGGAUUACAAACAUUUAAUGCCUUGAAGAAUACAUUUUAGGAGAUUUCAAAUGAAACACAUGUUUAUGCUUGCAAUAAUAUUUAUUUUGGCUUGCUAAGAUUGCACUUUUAAAAAAGCAUCAAAUGCGAAUACAAAAUAAAAUUCCAGAGUGUUCCUUUAAAUUGUGCAGAAUUGCACUUUUAUUUUACGAAGGCAAUAAAUGCAUUUAAAAGUCAUUUUAAAUCUCUGACUUUGGCUUCAAACUGUAAAUGGUAAAAUAAUGAAUUAAUAAAUAAAUCAUAGACUUCAUAAUAAUAUUGAUGGGGCGCGGGACCGAUUAAUAGUGGGCCUGCAUUGUUGGCGUGGCCGUCAAAUUCUUGUGAAUAAAUGCUUAAAUCCCUGAAUUCUUUAUAGAUAUGGCCGUAAAACAGUCUUGAUUCUUGGUUAAAAGUAAAAAAAAAAUUUAAAAAACGGGCUGUUAGCAUUUAUUUUACAUAAAUGUGUGGAAGUACGAUGCUAGUCUGUCAGUCAAUGUGGCGGCUGCCAUAUGUAAUCAGCUUCUCCAGUGUAAAUUUUUGUGAAUAAAUGCUUAAAUCCCUGAAUUCUUUACAGAUGAGGACGUAAAACAGUCUCGAUUCUUGGUUAAAAGCAAAAAAAAAACAGGCAGUUAGCAUUUAUUUAACGUAAAUAUUUCAAAGUUUGAUGCUAGUCUGUCAGUCAGUGUGGCGGCUGCCAUAUGUAAACAGAGCUUUUCCGGUGAAAAUUCUUGUGAAAAAAUGCUUAAAUCCCUGAAUUCUUUACAGAUAUGGAUGUAAAACAGUCUCGAUUCUUGGUUAAAAGCAAAAAAAAAAUGGGCAGUUAGCAUUUAUUUUACGUAAAUAUUGCGAAGUAUAAUGCCAAUGCUGUAGCGGCUGAUUUCUUCCAUUGAUUUUUUUCACGUUUCAAAAUGCAUGCAUGGUACAAAAAAUAUAAUGAUAACCUUGAAUCCUCGAACAAAUCACUCCUGAGACAAUCCUUCCUGUUUGUAUGCGGUACAGCUUUCGUACUUUUUCAACAUAAAUCCGACGUUAGAUCGCUGCAUGUGUUGCUGCGACCGACUGCAAAUAACUGAAGCGGAUUGUGGGAUGGCCCCCUACUUGAAGGCGUGGCGCACUGAAGGUAGAAUCUGACCCGUCAAUAUCAAUAUGAAGUCUAUGAAAUAAAUAAAUGACAAAUGAGCAAUUGGCUAACUUGCAUAGCAAAAGUCAGCUAGCAUAAAUGCUAUAAAAUGCUGAGGUCUUUUUUUUUUUCACAAAGCUUCUAAGAAAUCAUUCAAGCACCUAUUCGCACCACAAAAAAAAUCUAAAGCUACUUCUAAAUUAUGAAUGCAUAAACGAACAUAUUAAAUCAGAUAAAAACUUGUGCUGGCCUUAACAUAGGAGCAGUUGACGAGUUAUGUCACAUUCACCAUUGCAGCUAGAGGGCAGUCUACCCACCUAAAUCAAUAAAACUAAAUGCAGACACUUCCAAAACAAACCGUUACAACGCCAUUCUAAAGAGACGAAUCCUCGAAGCAGCAAAAUUUGAUUCGAAGCUUUUUUUCUAAGCGAAUUACUCAAGUUAAUCGAUUAAUCAUUGCAGCACUACAAUAAAUGUAAAACGUUAGCUAUUGUUCCGCUCAAUUCACCCAUCAAUGGAAUCACCCGGAAGAGAAAACAUCAAAUCACAUCAAAAAUCAUUCAAAACCAAACAUGAAUAGAACAAAAAUACCAUGAUAAUUCCAUUCUCUUGUAUUCUAAUUUUAAUUUAAAAAUAAAAUCACAACAGCGAAAAAUAGGCUAUUAUUUGUACUCCAAUUUUUUGAUUUGAAAACGAGAAAUGAAAUAAUCGUUAUCCGUUUUUGGAUUCUUAAACAGAUAUAGAACGAACGGAUAUUACACUGAUACACAACCAAUAUGACGAAGACGUUACAUGCGAAGAGCCCAUUUUUACUCCCAUCUCCUGCAGUUCUCCUCUCCUCCGGCUUCCUUCUCUCGCCAGCACAGGAACUGUCUCACUGAUGCCUUUGAACGAAUGUGUCCGCAUCAGCGACCUCUUCUCACGCUCUAAACAUGUAUUUCCUUUGUUUUCUGUUAGAGGCAUACACUUGCACAGUCUGAAUGCAUGAUGUAUUUUUGGCAGUCUUCUUCAGGCUUCACAGUCAACUACAAACCUACCGUUGAUGAUUUGGCACAACCGGACAUAAACAUUCAUAUUGACGAUGUAUUACAAAUGCAGUUAUCAAAAAAUGCAUGGCUGAUGUGCACAUGAGACUCCACCAGUAACAUCAAACCACUGAAUUUAACAUCUGAGUGUUAAAAUGAAAACAGGUAAAAUGAGGAAAAAAAAUGCUGUUUGAAUGUUAUGUUGCCAUAUUGGUUUUGAAUAUUAAAUGUGAGCUUGGUGAAGGUUGGUCAAAGAUGAAAAAGUUUCAUUUUAAAAAAAGGGGAAUUCAGCAGCAAAUACAUGUUUUAUCACAAUAAGAUUUUUUUUUUAAUAUCUUGUUUACAUUGAUGUAGCAAUUUUGUGUUUGUAUACAGUAUUGUUUUGUUACCGACAGACAUUAGAAAAAAAAGGUUACUUGAAAAUGAAUUAUUGCAUAUUAAAGGGAGUUUUAUCUUGUAUCUGACUAUUUCUUAAUCACGCAUUUUCAACUUGUAGCUUUGGUGGUCCAUCAGAACUCAGCUAUUUAUUGCAUGAAAUGGCAGCCAGGAAAGGCAGUGUAAAACAUCAUCUUGAAUGAAAAGGUCAGCCAGCAUCUUGAAAUGCUUUUUAAAAGAAUCCCAAGACUUGCACUUCUUAAAAGAUAAACGUUAUAAUGAGUUAAAAUAAUUUGAUAUUGAAACCAUUCUUGAUGUUUUCCUUUUUAUAAAAUUUGUAAAAUUAGUUUUACCAAUAGGUCGCCAUUGUUGUUGACGUCGCAGGGCGGUGACGUGACACUGUUAGUCUGCUGGGCUUCCAGAGUAUGACUCUAGCGACAUAAAUGUCAUCUAUUCAACCUUUUCAGUUUGAAUCCGAGAGGAACAUUAAUGAGCCUGACAGCACUGUCGAUAUUUCACAAAACGAGCAGCAAAAGCAAAAUGAACAGGAAAUACAGGAUGAGACGAGACAAGG